AUGGUGAAAACGGAGGCUUUUGAAUACAGUGAUUCAAAUGGAGAUCAAUUUGAGGGACUCCUUGCUUAUCCAGAAGAUAUCGAAAGAUCAGAACGACCGGGCGUUAUUGUCUUUCACGCAUUUGGAGGUUGCGGGAAAUUUGAGAGGGAAAAAGCUCUGGAAUUGGCGAAGUUAGGCUAUGUUGCACUGGCUGCCGAUGUGUAUGGAAAGGGAAAAAUCGGCACGACAACGGAGGAGAAUUUCACCCUUCUUCGAGCACUUUUACCGCAAAGAACAACUACCCUGAAACGCCGAAUUUUGGCAACUUUUGAGGCGUUCACGAAAGUUCCAACAGUUGAUACGAAUAAAAUUGCUGCCACGGGAUACUGUUUUGGUGGCCUUUGUGGACUCGAUUUGGCAAGGUUUGGGGCAAAUGUUAAGGGCAUCGUCUCAUUCCACGGCACUCUUCUACCUCUUCCAGAAGCAGAGAACACACCCAUUCAUGCGUCGAUUCAAAUUCAUCACGCGGAUCUGGAUCAUCGCAUCAAUGAACAAAUUGCCGGUUUUCAAGAAGAAAUGAGAGCCCGAAAAGCCGAUUGGCAUUUUGUGACGUACAGCGACGCUGAACAUGGAUUCACUGAGCCAGAGAUCGGUCUCCUCAACCAUCCCGGUGUCUCUUAUAAUGAAAAAGCCGAUAAACGAUCGUGGAGCUCAAUGAAAAAUUUCUUCGAAGAAAUGUUUGCU